AUGGUAAAUUCGCAAACACCUGAUAGUCAUAACAUUGAUGAUGACAUGGGAGAUUUGCAAAAAAAUGAAAGCAUGGUACAUUCAAAAACCACUGAUGGUCACACCAUUAAUGGUGACAUGGAAGGUGAUAUCCCUAUUCUACACACCACUAAUCAUAACUCCUUGAGUUCAUCUAUCAAUAAAGGUGAUAUCCCUAUUCUACACACCACUAAUCAUAACUCCUUGAGUUCAUCUAUCAAUAAAGGUGAUAUCCCUAUUUUACACACCACUUAUCAUAACUCCUUGAGUUCAUCUAUCAAUAAAGGUGAUAUCCCUAUUCUACACACCACUAAUCAUAACUCCUUGAGUUCAUCUAUCAAUAAAGGUGAUAUCCCUAUUCUACACACCACUAAUCAUGACUCCUUGAGUUCAUCUAUCAAUGAAGGUGAUAUCCCUAUUUUGCACACCACUAAUCAUAACUCCUUGAGUUCAUCUAUCAAUAAAGGUGAUAUCCCUAUUCUACACACCACUUAUCAUGACUCCUUGAGUUCAUCUAUCAAUAAAGGUGAUAUCCCUAUUCUACACACCACUAAUCAUGACUCCUUGAGUUCAUCUAUCAAUAAAGGUGAUAUCCCUAUUUUGCACACCACUAAUCAUAACUCCUUGAGUUCAUCUAUCAAUAAAGGUGAUAUCUCUAUUCUACACACCACAAAUCAUGACUCCUUGAGUUCGUCUAUCAAUAAAGGUGAUAUCCUUAUUCUACACACCACUAAUCAUAACUCCUUGAGUUCAUCUAUCAAUAAAGGUGAUAUCCCUAUUCUACACACCACUAAGCAUAACUCCUUGAGUUCAUCUAUCAAUAAAGAUGAUAUCCCUAUUUUACACACCACUUAUCAUAACUCCUUGAGUUCAUCUAUCAAUAAAGGUGAUAUCCCUAUUCUACACACCACUUAUCAUAACUCCUUGAGUUCAUCUAUCAAUAAAGGUGAUAUCCCUAUUCUACACACCACUAAUCAUGACUCCUUGAGUUCAUCUAUCAAUGAAGGUGAUAUCCCUAUUUUGCACACCACUAAUCAUAACUCCUUGAGUUCAUCUAUCAAUAAAGGUGAUAUCCCUAUUCUACACACCACUUAUCAUGACUCCUUGAGUUCAUCUAUCAAUAAAGGUGAUAUCCCUAUUCUACACACCACUAAUCAUAACUCCUUGAGUUCAUCUAUCAAUAAAGGUGAUAUCCCUAUUCUACACACCACUAAUCAUAACUCCUUGAGUUCAUCUAUCAAUAAAGGUGAUAUCUCUAUUCUACACACCACUAAUCAUGACUCCUUGAGUUCGUCUAUCAAUAAAGGUGAUAUCCUUAUUCUACACACCACUAAUCAUAACUCCUUGAGUUCAUCUAUCAAUAAAGGUGAUAUCCCUAUUCUACACACCACUAAGCAUAACUCCUUGAGUUCAUCUAUCAAUAAUAGUGAUAUCCAUAUUCUACACACCACUUAUCAUAACUCCUUGAGUUCAUCUAUCUAUAAAGGUGAUAUCCCUAUUCUUCACACCACUAAUCAUAACUCCUUAAGUUCAUCUAUCAAUAAAGGUGAUAUCUCUAUUCUACACACCACUAAUCAUAACUCCUUGAGUUCAUCUAUCAAUAAAGGUGAUAUCCCUAUUCUGCACACCACUAAUCAUGACUCCUUGAGUUCAUCUAUCAAUAAAGGUUAUAUCCCUAUUCUUCGCAACACUAAUCAUAACUCCUUGAGUUCAUCUAUCAAUAAAGGUGAUAUCCCUAUUCUACACACCACUAAUCAUAACUCCUUGAGUUCAUUUGUCAAUAAAGGUGAUAUCUCUAUUCUACACACCACUAAUCAUAACUCCUUGAGUUCAUCUAUCAAUAAAGGUGAUAUCCCUAUUCUACAUACCACUAAUCAUGACUCCUUGAGUUCAUCUAUCAAUAAAGGUGAUAUCCCUAUUCUACACACCACUAAUCAUGACUUCUUGAGUUCAUCUAUCAAUAUUGGUGAUAUCCCUAUUCUACACACCACUAAUCAUAACUCCUUGAGUUCAUCUAUCAAUAAAGGUGAUAUCCCUAUUCUACACACCACUAAUCAUAACUCCUUGAGUUCAUCUAUCAAUAAAGGUAAUAUCCCUAUUCUACACACCACUAAUCAUAACUCCUUGAGUUCAUCUAUCAAUAAAGGUGAUAUCCCUAUUCUACACACCACUUAUCAUGACUCCUUGAGUUCAUCUAUCAAUAAAGGUGAUAUCCCUAUUCUACACACCACUUAUCAUAACUCCUUGAGUUCAUCUAUCAAUAAAGGUGAUAUCCCUAUUUUACACACCACUAAUCAUAACUCCUUGAGUUCAUCUAUCAAUAAAGGUGAUAUCCCUAUUCUACACACCACUUAUCAUGACUCCUUGAGUUCAUCUAUCAAUAAAGGUGAUAUCCCUAUUCUACAUACCACUAAUCAUGACUCCUUGAGUUCAUCUAUCAAUAAAGGUGAUAUCCCUAUUCUACACACCACUAAUCAUGACUUCUUGAGUUCAUCUAUCAAUAUUGGUGAUAUCCCUAUUCUACACACCACUAAUCAUAACUCCUUGAGUUCAUCUAUCAAUAAAGGUGAUAUCCCUAUUCUACACACCACUAAUCAUAACUCCUUGAGUUCAUCUAUCAAUAAAGGUAAUAUCCCUAUUCUACACACCACUAAUCAUAACUCCUUGAGUUCAUCUAUCAAUAAAGGUGAUAUCCCUAUUCUACACACCACUUAUCAUGACUCCUUGAGUUCAUCUAUCAAUAAAGGUGAUAUCCCUAUUCUACACACCACUUAUCAUAACUCCUUGAGUUCAUCUAUCAAUAAAGGUGAUAUCCCUAUUUUACACACCACUAAUCAUAACUCCUUGAGUUCAUCUAUCAAUAAAGGUGAUAUCCCUAUUCUACACACCACUUAUCAUGACUCCUUGGGUUUAUCUAUCAAUAAAGGUGAUAUCCCUUUUCUACACACCACUUUUCAUGACUCCUUGAGUUCAUCUAUCAAUAAAGGUGAUAUCCCUAUUCGACACACCAUUAAUCAUAACUCCUUGAGUUCAUCUAUCAAUAAAGGUGAUAUCUCUUUUCUACACACCACUAAUCAUAACUCCUUGAGUUCAUCUAUCAAUAAUGGUGAUAUCUCUAUUCUACACACCACUAAUCAUAACUCCUUGAGUUAA